CCGCCAUCUUGGAAACGGAUUUUUGCUGAGUUUUCAGCGCUGCUUCCUUCGCUCCGUUUUCGCAGGCGGAGGUUCGGGUACGAGGACAACAGAGGAGCUCCGCUGACGCAAAAUCUAUAUUUGGGAUGAUUGCUUUUGCAACGAGACGCCCUGGAAAUGACAUCCAGCUUUAAGAGCAAGCAACACUAGUGAUCUUUUAUAGGCAAAUAGACUUUGGAGACAAGAACAGUAUAACGUAUUGGCACGCAGAGUGGGCGGUGCAGCAAAAACAAAAAGCAACUAUGUAUGUAGAAUGUAUCUGCAUAUUGACCACGAUGGAUGACCACAUAGACAUGGGGAAGCCAGAGGACCGGAGAGGGAGACUAACAAAAGUUUUGGCACUGGCCAGUCUUGUCUCCGCGUUUGGUUCGUCCUUCCAGUAUGGAUACAAUGUUGCUGUCGUCAACUCUCCAGCACCAUUUAUGCAAGACUUUUACAACGAAACCUACAUCCGUCGUUAUAAUGAGCCGAUGGCAGAGGGCCUCCUGACCCUGUUGUGGUCACUGACUGUGUCCAUGUUCCCGCUCGGAGGCCUCUUUGGAGCUCUGAUGGUGGCUCCGCUGGUUAACAAGCUCGGCAGGAAGGGCACCCUCCUCUUCAACAACGUCUUCUCCAUCGUCCCGGCGAUCAUGAUGGGACUCAGUGAGACAGCCGGGUCCUACGAGCUCAUAAUUUUGGCCAGGAUCAUAGUGGGAAUAUGUGCAGGUCUGUCGUCCAACGUGGUGCCAAUGUACCUGGGCGAACUCGCACCCAAAAACUUGCGAGGAGCCAUUGGAAUCAUCCCACAGCUCUUCAUCACUAUUGGCAUCCUCGUUGCGCAAGUGUUUGGCAUCAGGAGCCUGUUGGGCAACAACACAGGCUGGACCCUCAUGCUCGGCUUGACCGCCAUCCCCGCUGUGAUCCAGUUGAUUUUCCUGCCGUUCUUCCCAGAGAGUCCCAGGUACUUGCUCAUCCAGAAGAAAGACGAGGAGAACAGCAAGAAAGUGUUGCAGCUUCUGCGUGGCUGGGAUGAUGUGGACGACGAGAUAGGAGAGAUGCUUCUCGAGGAACAGUCAGAGCAACUCGAGGGUCGCCUGUCGGUGGUCUCCCUGCUGUCCCAGAAGAAUCUCCGCUGGCAGCUCUACACCAUCAUCGUUUUGAACAUGGGCCAGCAGCUGUCCGGGGUCAAUGCGAUCUACUACUACGCAGAUAGUAUCUAUGGAUCUACCGGAGUGAAUGAGCAGGACGUCCAGUACAUUACUGUGGGAACAGGUGCAGUGAAUGUCUUCAUGACCAUAGCUGCUGUCUUCAUCGUGGAGUCCUCAGGCCGACGGCUUCUUCUUCUUACGGGAUUCGGGGUCUGCUGCGGGGCCUGUGUGUUGCUGACCGUGGCCCUCAACUUCCAGGAGAGCGUAUCGUGGAUGCCUUACAUCAGUAUCAUUUGUGUCAUCGUCUACGUCAUGGGACAUGCCAUCGGACCCAGCCCCAUUCCAAACGUGGUGACCACUGAGAUGUUCAUGCAGUCGGCUCGGCCAGCGGCCUUCAUGCUUGGUGGCUCCAUCCACUGGAUUUCCAACUUUACUGUGGGCCUCAUUUUCCCCUUCAUGGAGAAAGGCAUGGGCCCCUUCAGCUUCCUCCUUUUUUCCGUCAUCUGCUUUUUGACGCUGAUUUACCUCUUGAUCGUGAUGCCCGAAACCAAGAACAAGACCUUCCUGGAGGUUUCCCAGAUGUUCGCCCAGAGGAACAAAACGGAUAUGAAAGAGUUGGAGGACGAAUUGAGAAGCGACAAAGAGAUACUGGAUAAAAUACAGAAGAUGGUAGACUUAUAAGGAAAUAAAUGAAAGCAUUGAGAAGAAAUAUUA